AUGGCUCUAAAAAUGGAGGAAAUUUUCUGGCAUGAGAAAUUUUCUUGUGUUGAUAACGAUUUAAUUGAUGAGGUAAUUCCACAGUUGAUCAACGAGCAAACUAAUACUCUUCUUACCAUCCUACCCAGUCCUGAGGAAAUACGAAAUUCCGUUUUUGUUUUAAAUAAAGAGGUUGCUCCUAGUCCUGAUGGGCUUGGAGGGUUCUUUCUUCAUCAUUACUGGGAAAUUUUAAAGUCUGAUGUAAUUAAGUCUGGGUAUUUUGGUUGCAAAAGAGGGGUCAGGCAAGGUGAUCCUCUCCCCCCUCUCCUCUUCUGCCUAGCCAAAGAUGUUCUGAGUAGGGCCAUCUUUAAUCUUGUGGAACAAGGCAAAUUAGAUAUCAUUAAAGGUCCUAAAGGCUCUAGUUUUCCUUAUCAUGCUUUGUAUGCAGAUGAUGUCAUGUUGUUCUACAAAGCGAAAAACUCAAACAUAAAAAACCUUAAAGCUUUGUUUCUUAGAUAUGUUGAGUGCUCAGGUCAAUAUGUUAAUCCUCACAAAUCUAUUAUCUAUGCUGGUUCUAUAUCUCCCAUGAGAUCUUCCUAUCUGGCUAGUUCUAUUGGAUUUUCUGAAGGCUCUCUUCCUUUCCAAUACCUUGGAGUUCCAAUUUUUAAAGGGAAGCCUAAGGUUAUCCAUCUUCAUCCCAUUGUAGAUAGAAUCAAAGAAAAGCUCGCAACUUGGAAAGCAUCCUUGCUUUCUAUGGCAGGAAGAGUCCAAAUUAUCAAAAGUAUAAUACAUGGAAUUCUAACCUACAAUUUACUCAUUUACUCAUGGCCUGCUAGCCCCAUUAAAGACCCAGAGAAGUGCAUGAUAAAUUUUUUUUGGAUUGGGGACUCAAGUAAGAGGAAACUAAUUACUGUAGCCUGGCAUAAAGUUUGUACACCUCAGUCUGAAGGAGGGCUUGGAACCAGAUCUUUGUUUAAAAUCCAUGAGGCGGCUAAAUUGAAACUUUGUUGGGAACUCCUAACUUCGGAUAGACAGUGGGCAAAUUUUCUUAGAUUAAGGGUCAUGAGGAACAAAAUUCCUAUUAAAUACCAUAUUUUCUCUUCUAUUUGGUUAGGCAUUAAGAACCAGUUUCAGAAAAUAGUUGAUAAUUCAACCUGGAAUCUUGGCCAGGGUAACACUAUUAAUUUCUGGACUGAUCAAUGGUGUGGUAAACCCCUAGUAGAGCAACUUCAGAUUCAACAUCACAACCAGCCCUUCUCAAAGGUUGCAGACUUCAUUCUUAAUGGCCAUUGGAAUUUCCCACCUGACCUGUUACUCCUUUUCCCAAGCAUACCAGACAUUAUCAACAAAAUCUGCAUUCCUUUGGAACCUAAGGAGGAUGAACUAAGAUGGAAUCACUCUUCUGAUGGAAACCUUACCCUUAAAGAUGCUUACUAA